AUGAAUUUUGAUGAUGAUUUAAGUGCUCCUGUAUGGGAUGAAUUGAAUACUGAAGAUAGAAAACUUCACACUGAGUUGAGUGGUACUUUUGCAAAAUUAUCAACGAACGAUGAGCCUUCACAAUUUGAAAGCACUAAUCUUGUAGAUAUUCAAGUUACAGACGCUAAUUUGGAUGUUAAUGAUGAACCAAAGAGUGAUAUCCAACCGGUACACACUUCGGAGUCCACUAGAAGUAUCGAGGUUGAUGCAAAGGUUGAUGACAGUUCACAGGAGGAAGAAAAUGAUCAGAACAAAAAAGAAGACAACAAGAGGUUAAUGUCUAUUUUAGCUCCUGAUAAUGAUCUAUUAAAUAGCUCUGUUUCAUCACUAUCCAAACCCGCUGUGAAAACUGCAGCUGAUCCCCUAUUCGAUGGGAAUGUGUAUUCUCCUUUGAAAUUCAAUGAAGAAGAUAUUUUAACUAAAGCCAACGAUGUAGAUGAUUCUAAAGGUACAGGAAAGGUACAAUUUGCUCCAAAGGUUUUAUUUAAUUCUGCUAGGUUACGUCGUCGUCCAGUUAAUGAUACAAAUGAAAAAUCUAUGCAAAUGAAACCAACUGAUGGAACAGACCCAUUGUCGAAAUUUGAAAAAUUGAAUGAAUUUGUAGAUGAAUCUAUAGAAGACGAAACACAGCUCAAUAAGAGAAUUGCAAAAAGUGACAUUUUGAAGGAAAUUGAAAAACCAUUAUUUGAUUUAUCUCAGGUAAAAAGACCAGAUAUCACUGAGGUGACUGGGAUUUCAAAUGGUAAAGAAGCCCUUCAAUCAAGGCCAAAUGAUGAAAAUGACCAAAUGUUAGAUGUAAACAUAGAAGAAACAAAAUUAGUAAAAUAUGAAAUUGAAGUCAAGGAUCCAAUUAAAGUUGGUGACUUAACUUCACUUCACGUAGAGUAUACCGUUUCUACAAAAAUCGAUGACCCGAAUUCAACAGUUUCCCAAGUCAAUAGGAGAUAUACCGAUUUUAGAUGGCUAUAUAGACAAUUACAAAGUAAUCACUGGGGUAGAAUAAUUCCUCCACCACCAGAAAAGCAGGCUGUUGGGAGAUUCAAACAAGAUUUCAUGGAAAAUCGUAGAUUCCAAAUGGAAAGAAUGUUAAUUAAAAUUUCAAAGGAUCCAAUAUUGCAAAGAGAUCAAGAUUUCUUAAUGUUUUUGACAAGUCCAAGUUUCAUGAUGGAUUCUAAAACAAGAGAACAUUACACUGGCUCACAAGCAUCUAAUGACAGUAAUGAUCUCUCUGAAAUUCAUAUAAGCGAUAUAGAGCUAUUAGGUGCAGAGGACGCAGCAGACGCAGAUAAAAAUGGAGGUAUAGAUGGUCAAAAGAAUAGAAGUUUCAUGAGUCUUUCAUUUUCAUCUCCUCCAAAAUACGAAGAGAGUGACGAAUUUUUCUUAGAUCAAUAUCAAGCAUUAGAAAUCCUAGAAGAACAAUUGAAACAGCUUUAUAAAUCAUUAGAAUUAAUCGAUUCAGAGAGAUCAUCUCUAACUUUUGUAACUGAAGAAUUUGCUAAUUCAAUUGAUAUCCUCGCAAAAUUAGAAGUAACUAAAACUAGUGCUGACAUUUUGACAAAUUUCGCAGAAACUCAUAGAAAAAUUAAAGAAGGAUUGGAAAGAGUCUCUUCCCAAGAAUCAUUAACACUAGGUAUUACUUUAGAUGAAUACAUAAGAUCAUUGGCAAGUGUCCGCGCAAUUUUCAACCAACGUGCAAAAUUAGGUUAUUAUUUAGUUGCAGUAAGAGAGAACUAUUCAAAAGCUGAUACACAAUUAAAUAAAUUGAAAUCCAAUUCUUCAUCAUCCAAUAAUAUUGAUAAACUAAACAUUGCAUCAGAACAAAAAGAGAAAUUACAAAAAAGAUAUUUAAUAGUAAAAUCUAAAUGGGAACAAAUCGGAGAAAAGAUUAAGAGAGAGUUCAUUAAUUUUGAAACCGACAAGGUCAAGGAAUUUAGAAAUAGCAUUGAAAUAUUUUUAGAAUCUUCAAUUGAAGCCCAAAAAGAAUGUAUUGAACUUUGGGAAACAUUUUAUCAAAAUAAUAUGUAG